AAGAAAGGUAAAUGCAGAAACGAAUCUCAAUUAUAUGUGACCCUGGCAUCAUCUGGUGGAUGCUACGUGUAAUCUGAGGAGGAUGGUUUGCAGAUAAGAUAAAUUAAAAUAAAUAAAGAAAAGAUACGUCAGAGUAAAUAUGAUGUACAAUAAUAUAUGUGAAUAUAGAAGAUAAAUGGGAAACAAAUAUGUAAAGUGAAUAAAAUGCUAGAAACCAAGGAAAUAAUAGAGAAGAAAUUCAACAGAGAGACUCACAGGAUAAUUGGUGAAUACCAAUUACAACAUUAUGGGAGGUUCUUGGAGAAGUAUCAUGAGAAUAUCAGUUCGUUUAAAAAGAACCUAAGAUCUUUGCAUACUGUACAUGCAAAACCGAUUAGUAUUAAGCUUGAACCAAAGGAAGAUGUAGCUUUACUCAAAUUGGUACAUUCUGAUAACAAGUUGCUGAGCAGGAUCUUAGUAAGCUUAUCAUCAAUCUGCAAUGAAGUCAACUUGCUUACAGCUGAGGCUGAUAAAUUAUUCAAUGUAUUCAUUUAUUAUGGGGAAAUUGAGGGAGACAACACUUUUGAAGAGCUUAGCAAACUCUUUGAUUACUUACAGAAAACUCAAUUCUUUGUUGAUAGAUCUCAACAAGUUAUUAAUCUAAUGCUCUGUCAAUUAUCUGCAAUCUUAGGAAAAGGUUUAUCAAAUGGCUCGCAUGCAACAUCAUUUCCAGAACUGAUGGAGAAAUUGUCUGAGUUACUUGUUUCCAUAAUUACUUUAGACUUGGUACUUGAUUCAGCUACAAUUAAGGAUCAUUGGUGUAUGUACAGAAGAGCUGUUAGAUCAAUGUCACAUAAUCCUUCACAAUUUAAUCUUAAGCAUGAAAGUAUAAGGGCUCUAGAUAAGAAGUUAAUUGAAGUAGAAGCUGAAUUAUUAUCAGGACAUAUUGUGCAGAGAACAAUGGAUAAAUGUUUAGACGAAUCAUUGAUAGUGGCUGUUAAAAAUAGCAAUUUAUCUAAUGAAAUGAUGUUGUACAUUCAACAAAUCGUAACUGAGCUUGAAAAAGAUGACGAGAAUAUUGGUUUCACUAAAAUCUGGUUACAAGCUAACGCUUUAUUCGUACUACAUCAUACUCUUUACGGCAAUAUGAAUAAAAAGCUUCUUAAGCGAAUAUUAGAUAUAAAUAAAAAGAUAUCAGCUUGCACUGUGUGCGGUAACAACAUGUGGUAUCCAGAGAAAUUUCUUUUAAAACACAUACCUAGUAUAAGCAAGCAGAUCGACGUGAAAGUUGUAAUAUCCAGCAGGAUGACGCAGAUAUCGCAAAGAAGCCAAAACAUAAACAAAGAGACGCACGCUCUCUGCAUUCAAGCAUGCUAUUGGUUCAUCGAAGUGGAGCGGAUCGUAAAGGAUGACAUGAGCCGGUAUAAAGUUAAGCAGUUGCACGAGACUUGCAACAUGUUCGUAGAUGGUAUCAAAAUUUUGAAGCGCAUUAGCGAGUUCAUCAAAUGGGUGACAAAUCUCCACGCCGACAACGGAAGACCCAUGACUAAAUCUGUACUGCUGGCACUAUGUAAGCUAGUCGAAGUGCUGAAAUGCUUCCAGUUUAUAUUUCACCGAAAUAUACUUCCAUUAUCCUACGUAAUUUUGCUGAUAUCGCAGCAUCUGAAUCACAAAGCCCUCGAUAAACUAGUCUUCAUUAAAAAAAGCUUUACUCAAGAGAAGAACUACAAGGAGCAACAACUAGACGUCCUAUCAGCAUUGGUCGUAGCGGAGCAUGCUUUGAAAGGACCGAUCACAGCCGAAAGGAUAUUGAUUGCUAAAUUGGCGCUAUCAGCCAGUGGAUUGGAUAAUGACAACUUAGCUGACGUGAGGUCAGUGAUUUGCAGACUGGAGCUCAUCUCGAAUUUGGUUAACCUCUUUGAUAAAUUAUCAAACUGUUCCUUCCUUUACUGGCAUCAAGUUCUAUUCCCAAUGUACUUCUCAAAAUUAGUCGAGGAUAAGGCGAAUUUAAUCAAGUGUUAUAUGGUUUUGGCGGCACUAGGUGAUUGCAUGGAAGAGGACGUGAACGUGAAGGAGACAACAGAGAAAACAAUUAAGACUAAUUUAUUGGGGCCUUUGAAUCAAAUGGUUGAGACGAACCUAAGACUGCAGACGCAUUUGCAUCUAAAACUUCCGCCAUCGAAUCCCUUCCAAAAUUUAAUGCCUAACAGCUUCAAAAAGCUAUUUCCGUUGCUUUUCGGCGACUCUUACAUCAACGUCAAACAGGAGGUGGAACACUAUCUUAGCACGAUGUUUUAUAACUUGACUACAGUUGUUUUGCACGAUUGGCGCACCUACGGGGAAAUGCGUAGGUUGGCUGUCCUACAAUAUGAUUUAAAUACAGUGGAAGAUAACCUUCCGGUACAGACGUUGGAACAAGGCUUGGAUGUAUUGGAGAUCAUGCGUAACAUCAACGUGUUUGUAUCAAAAUACUUAUAUAAUUUGAACAACCAGGUAUUCGUUGAGGAAUGGAGUAACAACAAGCAUCUGAACACUAUUAAUAUAUCGCAUGUUGCUAAUUCCAUUCGAACUCACGGCAUUGGUAUAAUGAAUACCACUGUGAACUUCACAUAUCAAUUUCUUCAGAAUAAGUUUUUUAUUUUCUCUCAGUUCAUGUUUGACGAACACAUUAAAUCUCGUCUCCUAAAAGACCUACGCUUUUUCUCAGAAAACAAGAAAGAACUAAAUCAAUAUUAUCCUUACUCGAGAGCAGAGAAAUUUAACUUUGGUAUACGAAAACUGGGUCUGAACGAGAACGGCCUCAGUUACUUGGAUCAGUUCAGGAAAUUGAUAACACAAAUCGGAAACGCUAUGGGUUAUGUCAGAUUGAUACGAUCUGGAGGAAAACGUUGCGUAGCCGACGCUACUUGCUUCUUACCUGAUUUGAAAGGUGUCGAAGAUUUCAACAAACUAAUUGAUGAUGUUGACUGUUCAGAUCUUACAAAAAGAGCAGCCAACGCUCUUAAGCGCGAUAUCAAUAAUCUAGUGGACAACUUCGAAGAGGCUACAGAAUAUUUCAAGCUAUUGAUUAAUGUUUUCGCGCCAAUAACACGCGAUCCUCAGAAUAUACAUUUGAAAAACUUCUACAUGAUAGUACCUCCAUUGACAAUAAAUUUUAUUGAACAUUCGCUGACUUCGAAAGACCGAUUGAACAAGAAGAACAGAGAAGGAGCUGCCUUCACUGAUGACGGCUUUGCUAUGGGACUGGCUUACAUCAUUGAACUCUUGGAUCAAGGUAGUCAGUUGAAUUCCAUCCAUUGGUUUCAAUCGGUCAAAGCUAAGCAACUCGGGAAUAGGAAAGAGCUUGAACGACAGAAGCUGCAGUCGAGCAAGGAAGACGUUAAAUUGCAGCAAACUCUUUCAUUGACCGAAAAACGUAUUGCAGCAAUUGAAACUGAAUUUCAACUUCUGUAUUACAGCUUCAGUAGCGCGAGGAUCUUCUUUCAGACAUAAUGAUCAAUCGAGAGUUAUUUUUUAUAUGCCAUUAUAUCAUAUAUCUAUAUACACAUAAAAUCUAAUAUAUUUUGUGAUAAUA